GCUGCCGGGAGCGGGGACCGGAUUUCGCGCCGCGCCUUGUCUCCCACGUGUGAGGGGAGGAGAGGGGGGGCCCACGUCACAGCCCGGCGGGCGCGGGAUGGGGCGGGAGUGAGCGGCGCGGCCAUGGCAUCCCCGGAGCCGGCGGGCGACAGCGGCGGGGAGCUCAGCUUGGGCGCGGAGGAGGAGGCGGAAGAGCUGGCGGAGCUGUUCGAGCGGGCGGCGGCGCGGCUGCCGGGGCUGGUGGGGGCGGCCAGCAAGGAGCAGCUGCUCUACCUGUACGCACGAUACAAGCAGGUCAAAUUUGGGACCUGUAAUACUCCAAAGCCCAGCUUCUUUGAUUUUGAGGGGAAGCAGAAAUGGGAAGCAUGGAAAGCACUGGGAGAUUCAAGUCCUCACCAGGCUAUGCAGGAGUACGUUGCCACAGUGAAAAAACUGGAUCCCAGCUGGAAUCCUCAGACCACAGAGAAGAAAGGAAAAGGAGGAAAAACCACAUUUGGAGGCCCAGUUGUCAGCUCACUGUAUCAAGAAGAAACCAUCAGGGAGGAGGACAAGAACAUAUUUGAUUACUGCAGAGAAAACAACAUUGACCGUGUAACUAAAGCUAUCCAAGCCAAAAAAGUGGAUGUGAAUUUGAAAGAUGAGGAGGGCAGGGCUCUGCUCCAUUGGGCUUGUGACAGAGGACACAAGGAGCUGGUUUCGGUACUACUGGAUCAUGCAGCUGAUGUUAACAGCCAGGAUAAUGAAGGCCAGACAGCACUGCAUUAUGCUUCUGCCUGCGAGUUCAUUGACAUUGUGGAACUGCUGCUGACGUCUGGAGCAGACCCCACUCUCCAGGACCAAGACGGCUGCCUGCCGGAGGAAGUGACAGACUGUAAAGUGAUCACAUCCAUGCUGCAGCAGCACACAACUGGCAAAACCUAGCCAAAAGGCUGGGUGACUGCGGACAGCAUCAGCUCAGUGCUUUGAGAAUGGACGAACUCUGCAAUACCCCCCACUGUCCUCCACGAUCCUCUGCAAUAUGCAUUGUUUAUUUUUGAGAACGGCACGUAAUAUUCAGGUGGUUGGGGUCUGGCAAGUCUGGCUUACAUCUUUGGACUGGCGAUGGUAUUGGAUAUGUAUUGUGCUCAAAAAGAUUCAGGUUUGCAUGCUCUGGAAUUUAUCACCAUUCUGGGAGGGGAGGGGACUCUAAACAACAUUUUAUUGUAUUAAACAUGGCUGCUCAUUUGGAAAAUGUAUAUGAUUAGUAACUGUUGAACAGAUCAGCUCUGAAGAUUCAGGUGUGACCAAAUGGGACCCAUGGGGAGAUCAGGUGUGGUGAGGUUUGUUUAGUCCUGUCAGGAAGCCAAGCUGAUUUUCCCUGGGCCUGACCAAAUGCCAUAAAUAAAAGCAAGAGCAGAAUAUGAAAAUGGUUUGACUUUUUUGCGGGGGGAUGACCAGAGUCCUGCAAAACUGAGGGAAUGGAGGCCUUUCACAAACCCUUACCCUGCAAACAAAGCCUGAGCAUUCUUCUGAUCAGCUCAGGGAAAUAAGCAUUUUCUUUUGCUUGGGUCCCUCUGUAUCACAGAUAUAAAGUAUCCUAGGGCCUGCGAAAUGAUGUGAAAGGAGGACAGACGUCUGUCUACUUUGAACUCUCACUCUCCAUACCUAGUGUGAAAUCUUAAGGAAUUGUUUUGCCAUUUGUAUGACUGUUUCUUAUAUGUUCUUAUAGUUAAAUAUAGGAGUAAGAAUCUUUUCUUCAGUCUCA